AUGAUAAAAAUACAGUUCUGUAUCUCCUAAAAUUGGUUUUAUCAGAUACUGUUUUAUCAGAAUAUAGGAAAAUCAUCAGUUCACAGGUGUGUUCGUAGACAAAAGGUUUGCGUUAAGUUGCGUAUUAGCAAAAUGAAGCUAUUGAAAUCUGGUGUAUUUUAUUUGACCGUAGCUUUGCUUGUCGUUGCUUUGUUUACCGAAGAUGUAGAAGCGAGAAGAAAAAUCGUGCGGGGACGAAAAACUCUAUCACGAUCGUAUAUGAGACAGAGUAGUCUUCCGGCUUGGUCCAUCGUUAUAUUAGUUGCAGUUGGAGAACUUAUCCUAGGGGGUGUUUUAUAUGUGGCGAUGAAGAAAAUUAUUUUGGAUCAGCCACUUACCGGUCAAUACGAGGUGGUUGAUUAUGACGUUUAGAUGAUUCUUCAUAAUUCAGAAAUUUUAUAAUUUUGUAAUUUUUUUUUAUAAAAUUGUAUGUUUGUAAUGUGAUUGUUCCAAAGAUUUAAAUAAUUAUUUAAUAAUUAAUUAUAAUGAAAAUUUUAAUAAUUUUAAAUUUUGAA